AUGGAUAGUAUAAUAUACACUCUCCACAUCUAAAGCAACUAGAAAAUGAUAAGCAAUCUAGAAUUUGAAUUCAAAAGACUUAAUAAAAUUAAGCAUAAAUUGAUCAAACAUAAUGACUUAGAGUUUAUACUUCCUAAAAAAAUAUUCGAAAUUGACGAUUAGAUAAACUGUGAAAAAGCCAAGGCUCUUGAUUUAGCUAAGUAAUCAAGAAUUUAUGAUAAAGAGAUAAGCAGACUAAUGAAUAUUCAAGAAUCAGGCUAAGCUAAUAGAAAUUCAAAUGUGCUAAUAUUAAUAGAGCAAUACCGACAAGAGCUAAAAGAUCUCGAUGUAAAUCCUGAAUUAGAGCUCUUGAAAAUCAAGAAAAUUGAAAUUCAGAAAAUACAGUCAGUAGUUAAGAAGGAGUAAAUGCAGUAAGAAAUUGACUAGAAUAUUUUCAAAAUAGAUUAAGACUUGAAACGUAAGAUGAAAGAGUAAAAGCGUAGGAUUUAAACUAUUAAAAAAUGGAAGUUGAGUAAUAAAUGUAUAGUAGAUUUUAAAAUGAAGGAAAAUGUAAAGAUGAUCGAUUCCAAUGAGAAUCAGAUAAAAGAACUAUAAUAGAGACUAAAUGAAAGAGUAGUGGAAAUUAAGGAGUAGAGAAACGAUAUAGAAAGAUUGCAAUAUUACACUAAAAUAGAGAACUAAAAUGAGUUGAUGGAAUACAUAAAUGAAGUUUUAGGCUAUGAUAAUGACGGUAUUAUUUUAGAAGAGGGGAUUGAGGAGGAUUAAUCUAAUUUGGCUGCUGCUUAAGAUUUAUUAAAGGAACUAGAUAAGUUUGAUUAAAACUCUCUCUCAUUAAUAUACCAGGAAAGAGGCAAGUUAGGCAAAAACUAGAAUGACAUAAAGUUCAAUUUAGUUUUUGGAAAUGAAUAGACAACCUAAAGAUCUUAAACUAUAGAAGAAGAAUUAAAAUAAAAUUCUUUUGACUAUAAAGAAUAAGGAAAAAGUGAAAUUAUUGAAGAAUAGAAGCUAGAGGAACUACACCCUAUAACAAUCGUUGGAGAAUAAAAUGAGCAAUCCAUUUUCGAAACUUAAAGUAAUAGCUAUAAGUUAUUUGAGCUUAGAGGAAGUCCUUUUCAAAAUACUCAUCAUUAAAAAUAGAGCAGUCAACAAAUGUUUUAGGCAUAGCAAAACGUAUUUUCGCAACAAUAAUAAUUUGUAAAUCCGAUUGAUAGAAUGAGGUAAAAAAAUAACACAGCAGCAGCUGCAGCUAGAAAAAUGCCUAAGAGUGUUAAUCCUUUAAUGACAGCUAAUGAAAACGCAAUGAGAAUGCAUAACUUUAGAGCGAAUCAUCUUGAAAGUGAUAGUCAAGUGUAGGAGGGUUAGCAGUAAUAAUAAAUUCAAUAGUAAUAGCAACAGCAGUAGCCAAGAAUUCAUGUUUAAACUUAACUUAUUCCAGAGUAGCCUCUCAUAGAUCUUUAGGAGGUUAACUAAUUGUAUAGAAAAAGUCCUUCUUAAUUAGUUCACGAAAUUUAUGGAUCUAUGAUCAAAUCUAGCGACUAAUCUUAAUAAUGA